AUGGAAGAACUGGCAGGCGAGGAGGUUUUGGAAGCUGAAGCUCGCAUAUGGAACCACAUCUUCAGCUUCAUCAACUCCAUGGCUUUGAAAUGCGUCGUCCAGCUCGGCAUUCCCGACGCCAUCGCCCGCCACGACUGCAGCCCCAUGCCCCUCUCUCACCUCAUUUCAGCUCUUCAACUUCACCCCCAAAACUCCCAAUAUAUCCAUCGCUUAAUGUGUAUACUAGCUCACUCUGGCUUUUUUAUAACACACAAAAAUGGCAGCGAAGAAGAAGCAUACUCCCUUACUAACUCAUCUCGUCUUCUCCUCAAACACAACCCUUCCUCUCUAUCUCCCUUCUUGCUUUCCAUGCUCGACCCGCUCCUCUUGCAGCCAUGGCAGCUUCUAUCCGCCUGGUUCCAUAGCCUCAAUCGAACCCCAUUUGAGAUGGCUCAUGGAAGGCAGUUCUGGGAGCACAUGGGCAACAAGCAACAAGAUGGGGACGUUUUUAAUGCAGCCAUGGCCAGUGAUGCGAGGUUGGUGAGCAAUAUUUUGUUGGGACAAUAUAAGAACAUGUUUGAUGGAGUUAAGUCGCUGGUGGAUGUGGGAGGUGGCACUGGAACUAUGGCAAAAGCCAUUGCUGAUGCCUUUCCACAAACACAAUGCGUUGUGCUUGAUCUUUUCCAUGUGGUGGCUGACUUGGAAGGAAGCCAUAACUUGACAUAUCUUCCAGGGGACAUGUUUCAAAGCAUUCCUCCUGCCGAUGUACUUCUAUUGAAGUGGAUAUUACAUGAUUGGAGCGAUGGAGAAUGUGUGGAGAUACUAAAGAAAUGCAAAGAGGCAAUCACGAGUAAUGGAAAAACAGGGAAAGUGAUUCUAAUUGAUAUGGUAUUAGGUAAUAAAAAGGGGGACGAUACGUUUAUUGAAACUCAACUCUUUUGGGACAUGUUGAUGAUGGCGAAUGUCAGUGGAAAAGAACGAGAUGAAAAAGAGUGGGCUCAACUGUUCGAUAAGGCUAGAUUUGCUGGUUACAAGAUCUUCCCAGUUCUGGGUUUAAGGUCUCUCAUAGAGAUUUAUCCAAGAUGAUUGUCCUUUAAAUUUUAUUUGUUAGUUCUCAAGUUUGAACUAUUUGUCUGUACAUUAAGGCGUGUUUGUCAGUAUAUGUGUUGAUUGUUGUCAAAAUAAGAGUUCGUUACUUUCAACCUCAAAAGUGUUUUGUGAUAAGUUGGUAAACUAAUUUGUUCAAAAUUGGAACUUGUUAUGAAAAUGUAU